AUGAUGCCAUAUUUGACAUAUAGAAAAUAUGGAGGGUGUUGUGCAUGUUUAAUUUUAGGCUAUUAUUUAAAAGAUAUUUUAAAUUGGAUAGAAAGAAAACAGAUAUAUAUGGAUUUUUAUAACAAAAUAAAAGAUAUAUUAUAUGAAAAAGGUGAAAAGAUAUUUCCUUAUUUUUUUCGAUUUUUAAACAAGUACAAUAGUAUUAACAUAAUUGAAGACAAAUUUUUUUACAAAAAUUUUGAUAAAAAUGUUGUUGAAAAACAUGGAAAAUAUAUUAACAUAGAAGAAAUAAAUACAAAUUCAUUAAAUACAAUAUUUAAAACAAAAAUUCUAAUUAUAGGAAUAGGAGGGUUAGGAUCACCAAUAUGUUUUUAUUUAAGCAAAUUUGGGUUUUCAGAAAUUGGAUUGGUAGAUGGUGAUAAAGUAGAAAAAUCAAAUUUACAUAGACAAAUAAUUCAUAAAAAAAAAAAUAUAGGUUUAAAUAAAACAAUAUCAGCAAAAUUAACUUUAAAUGAUUUUGAUGAAAAUACAAAUAUAGUAUGUUAUCCAUAUUUUUUAGAUAAAAAAAAAGGAUUAGAAAUUAUAAAAUAUUAUGAUAUAAUAAUAGAUUGUACUGAUAAUAUAAGUACUAGAUUUUUAAUAAAUGAUUUAUGUCUUCUUUAUAAAAAAAAAUUAAUAUUUGGUAGUGCAUUGGGUUUGUAUGGACAAUUAAAUGUGUAUAAUUUAAAUGAUAAUGAUUCUAAUUGUUAUAGAUGUUUAAAAAAUUUUAACAAUCAUAAUGAAAUGCAAAAUUGUGAUGAAAAUGGUAUAUUAUCAACAGUUACAGGAAUAAUCGGAUUAUUACAAGCUAAUGAAGCAAUUAAAUUUUCUGCAAAUUUAAAAGAAAAAACCUUAAAACCAUUUUUAAGUUAUAACAGUUUUUCCAAUAAUAAACCAUUUGAAGUAAUUAAUAUGAAUUAUAAAAAUAAAAAUUGUAUAUGCUCUAUUUAUAAUUAUAAUGAAUUAUAUAAUUUUAUUAUAAAUUAUGAUUAUUCAAAUAUUUCGAAAAUUGGCCAAUGUACAAAAAUAGAUAAUUUAAAUGAAAAUAAUUAUCAUAUAGAUAUUUAUAAUUUUAUUGAUGUAUUAAAUAAUAAAUUUUCUUUUUUUAAUUUUAUUCCAAAUUAUUUAGUAAUAUUGGAUGUUAGGAAAUAUAAUAAUUCUAAUAUAUAUGGUCUUAAAAAUUCAAUAAAAUGGAGUUAUGAUGAUAUUAUUGAAAAUGUUUAUUCGGCUUCACAUAAUAAUUCAGAUAAUACCAUUUACACCAUUUUUGAUAAAUUAAAUAUUUUAGAAAAAAAAGGAAAGAUAGUUAUUAUUGUCAUUUGUAGAAGAGGUAUUGAUUCAUUAAAAAUAACACAACUUUUUAAUAAUAUUUUUUUGAAAAAUGGAAAUACAUCAAAUAUACCAUUUGAUAAGAAAAAUAUUCAUAUUCAAGAAAAAGAUAUUUUUGUAUAUAAUAUGAAAGGUGGGUAUCUUGAGCUUCAAAAGAAAAUAUUUAAAAAUUUGCCAUUUCUUUGA